AUGAGUUCUACAAGAACGAAAGCAAUGGACGACGAGCCACAACAUGUCGUUGCGCCGCCUAUGGACAGCACGACAACGCCAGCACUACCACCAGUCGAAAAGCCACAGACUGCGAAUCAUGCAGGCAGCAUAUCAUCCUCGGACAGCAUAGUCGAGAAGCCGGCACCAACACAAGAUGAACCAAGGCCAUCACAGACUGAAAGCGAAUUCGUCUACCCACCUUUCAAGCAACAAUGCCUCGUCAUGAUCGCUCUCCUCUCUGCAAUCUUCCUCGUGGCCCUGGACCGUACUAUCAUUGCCACAGCUAUACCCGCAAUGACUGAUGAAUUCCAUUCGCUCAACGAUAUAGGCUGGUACGGAAGUGCCUUCAUGUUGACAAGCUCUUGCUUCCAACUUCUACUCGGAAGAGUCUACACUUUCCACUCCCCCAAAUGGGUUUUCAUACUCAUGAUCUUGCUUUUUGAGAUCGGAUCAGCGAUCUGUGGAGCGGCGCCAACAUCGGUUGCAUUCAUCUUCGGACGAGCAGUUGCUGGUGUUGGCUCCGCUGGAAUCAUGUCCGGUGCUAUCAUUCUCAUGGUUUCCACUCUGCCGUUGGCAAAGAGACCUCUUUGGAUGGGAUUAUUCGGGGCCAUCUUUGGGGUGGCUUCGGUCGUUGGUCCGCUAGUUGGUGGAGCUUUCACAACAGACGUGUCAUGGCUCAACCUACCUAUCGGCGCCGUCGCGAUUACGGUCAUUAUUUUCAUCUUGAAGCCUCCACAACCACAAUUCAAGGGCUUGACACUGCGACAACGACUGGCAAAGCUCGAUUUGCUCGGCGAGCUCUUCUUGUUCCCAUGCAUCAUUUGCCUGCUUUUGGCACUACAGUGGGGAGGCUCGACCUACGCCUGGAAUAAUGGCCGCAUCAUCGCCCUCUUCACACUCUUCGGCGUCCUACUCAUCGCCUUUGUGCUCGUCCAGAUCUUCAUGCAAAAGACGGCCACGAUCUCUGCCUCCGUCAUCAACAACCGCAGCAUAAUUGCAGGAAUGUGGUUGACCUUCUGCAUUGCCUCAACCAUGCUCAUCUUCACUUACUUCCUCCCAACCUGGUUCCAGGCCAUCAAAGGAGUCUCCGCCGUCCAAUCUGGCAUUGACACCAUCCCGCUUGUGCUCUCCCUAGUUGUGGGCAACAUCAGCGCAGGUCAAGUCACUGGACGCUUGGGCUACUACACUUCGCAAGCAUAUGCUUCUGUGAUCAUUAUGCCAAUCGGCGCUGGUUUGCUUACGAUGCUGAACACUACCACUGGACAUUCGGAGUGGAUCGGCUUUCAGAUACUUUUCGGGCUAGGCAUUGGGCUUGGUAUGCAGCAGGGUAACAUGGCGGCUCAAACCGUCUGCAAGGACCGCAAGGACGUUCCCAUGGCCGUCAGUUUGAUGAUGUUCAUGCAACAGCUUGGUGGUGCGAUCUUCAUUUCGGUCGGUCAGAAUGUCUUCGACUCAGGUCUCGUCAGCGAGCUUGUGGGCGCGAUACCUGGCAUUAGUGUCGGCACGAUCGUCAACACUGGGGCGACUGAUCUACGUGGCAUUGUACCCCCAGAAGACCUGCCUCUUUUGCUCACAAAAUACAACUUCGCACUGCGGCAAGUGUGGGUUGUCGGUACGGCUAUGGCUUGUCUGGCUGCGCUCGGUGCCUUUGCACUCGAGUGGAAGAGCGUGAAGGGCAAGAAAGGCGGUCCUGCUCCGAAGGCUGCACCAGAUUCUGGCGAUGCCCAGAAGGAGACAGCCGCACAGAGUCAUGUUCCUGCCAAUGAGAAGGUGUAG